GGGCCAUGCAGAUGUCGUCCGCAGGCUGCUGGAGCUCGGAACAAACGCAAAACGCCGCUGGACCUUAAGGUUUGGGCGACUGUCCUGGACGGUCUCUUUCUCCGACGAAGCACAUGACAGCGGGGACUAUUCGGAGUAUGUGACGGCAAUGACUUGUGCUGCUGUGCGCGGCCACGCUGGGGUCGUCGAAACCCUUCUCAAGCACGGAACGCCACUUGCAAAACGCCACCGGAAGUCGCAUACUUUCUCGACCUUUCAGCUGACUGUCAUGGCGGCCGUGGAGAAGUGGUACAGACUAUUCUCAACCACAACAAAUCGACAGGGUGUCUCAGUUCCCCCGAGUUGGCGGACGGCAUAGCGAUCGCCACGUUCCAAGGCGACGUUCAAGUCUUGAAAAUGCUCUGUAGCCACAUACCCGAGCAACCGAAAAGUCCGGGGAAACCUGUCCCUAGGCCUCCGUGGAAAGGACUACAGGCGCGCCAGCUUCUGGAUCUCGCCAUCCAGUCACAAAGCUCGGAAAUGCCGGAAACAAUUCUGCAACGCACAAAACGCAGAAAACAGAUUUACAUGGAUACUCCAAACACGGCCUUUCUGGAAGCUUUCGCGACCCGGCGCAUCGAGCUUGUUCAUCUCCUUUUGCGGUAUGGACUGACAGUCAAAGGAGAGGACAUUCGACAUGCUGUGGGUUUAAUCCACCGGGAUCACACAAGUGGGGAUCCGAUGUGGGAAGCGCUUCUCGGCGCUUACAAAGAUCCCCUGACUUUUGAUAUUGUCUACACUAUAGUCGACGCUGCGACAUACAUGUGUCGCAACGAACCAUGUCAUGCGAAGGUGCUGAAACCCCUCCUGGAAGGAGUUGUCACCGUCGACUGGGGAGCUUGCGCCGAUAUCCUUCAACUCGCAAACGAUCGAAGAGCCAGGCUCAUCGCGAACCUCCUAGCAGAGAAGCUUGACGCCGGUCCACAAGAUUCAAGGCAGCCUCCGCCGGCGCAAAGGUACGUGGAGCCAAGUUUAAGUUUUGGGUGGUGGAGGUACAUAGAGAGGGUGGAGGAGUACAAGGGAGAUUAGGGCUCACUACAACACGUAUACGAGGAGGCACCGACCGUCAAUGAUGGUGGCCACGCGUUGUGAGUAAAAGGCAGAAGUCCAGUACAAUAGCAAAUGGUAGAAACGCGAAUGUUCUUAGUUAUGGGUAAUUAAGCAUAACUACGGGUUGCCGACGUGUAAGUGGAUCGUGGAAUGACGUUUUGUUCAGUGCACAGUAUCGAUA